UCUUAACGUGCUCACUGUAGCGUACUGCUACGGAAGUCUGAAAACAGUUCUUUCCCCCCCUAUUGCGUGGAUUAGUAGCGCCCGGCGAGGAGGGGGAGUGGCGAUUUGCAAAGGUUGUAACCGCGGCAACGGUGCGCGCGGGACGCGGUGUAAAAUGAUCAUACCGGUGAGAUGCUUCACUUGCGGCAAAAUCGUUGGAAACAAAUGGGAGGCAUAUCUUGGUCUUCUGCAAGCUGAGUAUACAGAAGGUGAUGCUUUGGAUGCUCUGGGUCUGAAGAGAUAUUGCUGUCGGCGAAUGCUGCUUGCCCAUGUGGAUCUGAUUGAGAAGCUCCUGAAUUAUGCCCCUCUGGAGAAAUAAAUAGCAGAAAAAAUGUACAUAUGGACCAGCGUGCUGCUAGAACUCCUCAAACUAAGCUGCAGGGGGUUACAAAUGCAGAUCAUCAUGUCCAGCGAAGGAUUUCACUUUCUGGGCAUGCUAUAGGCCCUAGCCACUAACCUCUUGAAAGGAAAUUACUGAAAGAUGAAAUCCACUUACACACAGUUGGGGACUGUCGAUUUAAUUAAAACAGGGAUGGAAGUUCAUCAGAAUCUCAUGGGUUGUGGAGAAUUGUGAUUUUUUU